AUGCGGUGUAGAAACAUGCUCUUCUCAUUUAAGGCAUCUCUUUGUGGCCGUGGGGCUGCCACCGGUCGCCGUUUGACAGCUAUCGGCUGCACUCUCAACUGUAGCUGCCAGAGUUUCAAGCCGGGGAAGAUCAACCACCGCCAGUGUGAGCAGUGCAGACACGGAUGGGUGGCCCACGCUCUAAGCAAGCUGAGGAUCCCUCCCGUGUAUCCCACAAGCCAGGUGGAGAUUGUCCAGUCCAAUGUGGUGUUUGACAUCAGCAGCCUCAUGCUGUACGGGACCCAGGCCAUCCCUGUUCGCCUGAAAAUCCUACUGGACCGGCUCUUCAGUGUGUUGAAGCAAGAUGAGGUUCUCCAGAUUCUCCAUGCCCUGGACUGGACCCUUCAGGAUUAUAUCCGUGGAUACGUGCUACAGGAUGCGUCGGGAAAGGUGCUGGAUCACUGGAGCAUCAUGACCAGCGAGGAGGAGGUGGCCACCUUGCAGCAGUUCCUUCGUUUUGGGGAGACCAAGUCCAUCGUGGAGCUCAUGGCAAUUCAGGAAAAAGAAGAGCGGUCCGUCAUCAUCCCGCCGUCCACGGCGAACGUGGACAUCAGGGCCUUCAUCGAGAGCUGCAGCCACAGGGGUGCCGGCCUCCCCGCUCCUGUGGACAAGGGGAACCCCAGCAGCCUGCACCCCUUUGAGAACCUCAUCAACAACAUGACCUUCAUGCUGCCUUUCCAGUUCUUCAACCCUGUGCCUCCCACACUCGUAGGGUCCCUGCCCGAGCAGUACGUGCUGGAGCAGGGUCAGGACCAAAGUCAGGACCCCAAGCAGGACAUCCACGGACCCUUCCCCGGCAGUGGCUUUGUGACCUCCAGCUCCACACCAUUUCAGGUGGAAAGAGAGCAGUGUCUAAACUGCCCGGAUCCGGUGACGAAAAAGGAAGACAACGCCCAUCUGAGUGACUCCAGCCCGUACAACAUCGUCACGAAGCUCGAAAGGACACAGCUGUCCCCCGAGGCCAAAGCGAAGCCCGAGAGGACCAGCCUGGGCGCGAAGAAGGGCCGGGUGUUCUGCACGGCCUGUGAGAAGACCUUCUACGACAAGGGCACGCUCAAGAUCCACUACAACGCCGUCCACCUGAAGAUCAAGCACAAGUGCACCAUCGAGGGCUGUAACAUGGUCUUCAGCUCCCUCAGGAGCCGGAACCGCCACAGCGCCAACCCCAACCCCCGGCUGCACAUGCCCAUGAACAGGAACAACAGGGACAAAGACCUGCGCAGCAGCCUGAACCUGGCCGCCUCGGACGGCUACGAACGCCCGGCCUUCACGGUGAGCUCUGCCGACUGCAGGCCCCUGGCCGGCUUCGGUGCGGGGGAGGCUUCCGGGGGCCAGCCGGCCUUCCCCAGCCUUGGGCAAAACGGGGUGCUUUUCCCCAACCUAAAGACGGUCCAGCCGGUCCUGCCUUUCUACCGCAGCCCGGCCACUCCGGCCGAGCUGGCGAACACGCCCGGGGUGCUGCCUUCUCUGCCUCUCCUGUCAUCUUCCAUCCCGGAACAGCUGGUGUCGAACGAGGGGCCGCUUGACGCCCUUCCCAAGAAGAAAUCCCGGAAAUCCAGUAUGCCCAUCAAAAUCGAGAAGGAGACCGUGGGAAUCGCCAACGAGAAGAGGCAGGUGCUCAGCUCGGAUGAAGACGUGCCCCCGCGGGUGGCCCGCGGGGACGAGCCGGAGGCCUGCAGUCCUCAGUCGGACAGAGCCCCCGGGGACCAGGACAUGCGGUCAGGAGGAGAGACGGGCUGCCGCGGAGACUCGGGGAUGAAGGCCGGCGGAGCCAUCAGCAGAAGCCCCGAGCAGGCCCCGCAGUGCGCGGAGAGCGAGGCUAAGCAGGAGCCCGCGGUACCAAGGGGGCCGGACGACGGCGGCCGUGAGCUUCACCUCACACCCGGGACGGAGCCCUGCGUGCCCUUUCCGGACUACAUCAGACUGCAGCAGCACCUGCUGGCCGGCGGGCUCUUGGGCGCUCUGUCCAGCAGAGGGAUGGCUUUUCCUUGUUUCGAAGAGUCUAAAGAGCCAGACGUCGCGGGUCAGCGUGCACUCGGCCGGCAGAAGGAAGAAAACCGCUUCCAGUGCGAUGUCUGCAAGAAGACCUUUAAGAACGCCUGCGGCGUGAAAAUGCACCACAAGAACAUGCACGCCAGGGAAACCCACGUGUGCACAGUGGAAGGUUGUAACGCCACCUUCCCCUCACGCAGGAGCAGAGACAGACACAGUUCAAACCUAAGUCUCCACCAAAAAGUGUUGAGCCAAGAGGCACUGGAGAGCACCGAAGACCAUUUCCAUGCAGCCUACCUUCUGAAAGAUGUGGCCAAGGAGACCUAUCGGGAUGUGGCUUUCACCCAGCAGGCCCCCCAGACAUCUGUCAUCUUCAAGGGAACGAGUCGGAUGAGCAGUCUGGUUUACCCAAUAACCCAAGUCCACAGUGCCGGCCCGGAGAGCUACAGCUCUGGUCCGCCGAGCGAGGGCACCAUCUUGGAUUUGAGUACUACCUCGAGCAUGAAGUCUGAGAACAGCAGCCAUUCCUCUUGGGACUCAGACGGGGCGAGCGAGGAAGGCACCGUGCUCAUGGAGGACAGUGAUGAGGACUGUAACGGGCCGAGCCUUGUCCCCGGGGAAGAUGAGUACCCCAUCUGUGUCCUGAUGGACAAGGCCGACCAGAGCCUUGCCAGCCUGCCUUCUGGGCUGCCCAUAACUUGUCACCUCUGCCAAAAGACGUACAGUAACAAAGGGACCUUCAGGGCUCACUACAAAACUGUGCAUCUCCGCCAGCUCCACAAAUGCAAAGUUCCGGGCUGCAACACCAUGUUCUCAUCUGUCCGCAGCCGGAACAGACACAGCCAGAAUCCCAACCUGCACAAGAGCCUGGCCGCCUCCCCGGGUCACCUGCAGUAA